UAAGUUCUUCCAUUUUAGAAACCAAACAAACGCAAAGCAUAUUCGUAGAAAACAAGGGCAACUCAACUUAUUACUUGUAAGAACAAUCACUACACAACCAUGGCAAGCAACAUAAAUGGUCUUGUUUUUGUGCUGCUCGCAGUGGCUAACCUUCUUCAUGGAUCCGUAGCUAAAACCUUCACCGUGGGUGAUGGCUUAGGCUGGACUAUCCCAUCCGUUGGAUCACAAUUCUAUGUCAACUGGGCGACCAAUAAAACCUUCACCUCACGUGACACUCUUGUAUUCAACUAUCAAUUGAAUGCACACGCCGUUGCAUGGGUAACAAAAUCAGAUUUCGAUAGUUGCAAUGGAACCAACGCACUUGCGGUUAUGACAAAGCCUCCAGCUAAGGUGUUUUUCAAUCUCAGCACUGUAGGGCAACAAUAUUUCAUAUGUACCUUUCCUGGUCACUGUUCUGCUGGUCAGAAACUGUCGAUUUUCGUUGAUGAAGUUUAUGUUUUACCUACCUCUUCUCCUACGGCCCCCGUUCCAUCACCGGUACAAGAACCAGCACCAACUGCCACUACUUCACCUGCUCCUGCUACUGUUUGCAGUAAUGGUACACGUUGUGAUCACAAGGCCAAUAACAGUAGAUCAAUUACAUUAUCUCCGACACGAUCACCAUCACCAACUGGUAAUCACUCUAACUGGAAAAGGAAAGUCAUUAUAGGUGUUGUAACUGCAGUUAUGGCCGUAUUGUUAUUGUGCACCAUUAUCUAUUGUCUUAGAAGCAAAUUAUUAAUACGGCAAGGAAAGCUUCAGUUUAGAACUAAGAAUGAUACAAAUAUUGAAGCAUUUUUAAAAGAUCAUGGAGCUCUAUUGCAGAAAAGAUAUAAAUAUUCAGAAAUAAAGAAAAUGACAGACUCUUUCAAGGUUAAACUUGGUCAAGGUGGUUUUGGUGUUGUGUACAAAGGAAAGUUAUUCAAUGGUUGUCAUGUCGCUAUAAAGAUAUUGAAUUCAUCCAAAGGAAACGGUGAAGAAUUUAUUAAUGAGGUUUCCAGUAUUACUAGAACCUCACAUGUUAACGUUGUUACCCUUCUUGGAUUUUGUUUUGAAGGCACAAAAAAAGCACUCAUAUAUGAAUUUAUGUCCAAUGGUUCACUUGACAAAUUUAUUUACAAUAAGGGACCUGAAACAAUUGCAUCUUUGAGUUGGGAGAAUUUGUAUCAAAUUGCAAAAGGGAUAGCUCGUGGGCUAGAGUACUUGCAUAGAGGAUGUACCACUCGAAUUUUACAUUUUGACAUAAAACCACAUAACAUUCUUUUAGAUGAAAACUUAUGUCCAAAGAUUUCAGAUUUUGGACUUGCAAAACUCUGUCCAAAACAAGAGAGCAUUAUUUCAAUGUCAGAUCAAAGAGGGACAAUGGGAUAUGUAGCUCCAGAAGUGUGGAAUAGACAUUUUGGAGGAGUUUCACACAAAUCUGAUGUUUAUAGUUAUGGAAUGAUGUUGCUAGAAAUGGUUGGAGGGAGGAAAAACAUCAUUGCUGAUGCAAGUCACACUAGUGAGAUAUACUUUCCACAUUGGGUAUACAAUAGGCUAGAGCUUGGCACUAAUCUGAGACCUGAUGGGGUUAUGGAUACAGAAGAAGAUGAGAUUGCAAGGAGAAUGACUAUUGUGGGUUUAUGGUGCAUUCAAACAUUUCCAAGUGAUAGACCUACAAUGAGUAAAGUUAUUGAAAUGUUAGAAGUUAACAUGAAUUCACUUGAAAUACCACCCAAACCGUUGCUUUCUUCUCCUACUAGGUCAAUAUCAGAGUCUUCUAAGUCUUAAACAGACUCAGGAUGGGAACAAAUCAUUGUCAUGGCGUAGUGAAUUUGGUUGGGCUGCCUUCUGUGGACAUGCUGUUGGCAAAGGUGUUUGUGGCAAGUGCUUAAAU